CCCACAUGGACACAUGCCACUCUCUUUCAUACUCUAGGCCAACCUUUGCACCAUCAUGGCAACAUCAUCACAACCAGACUCAUCGGGUCUAAAUACCGCCCAAAACCUCACAUCCAUCUACGCGCGCGCAGGCAGCGCCGAAAACGCGGAACGCAUCUACCGCAACGCCGUCCUCCUCGGCGAACGAGAUUAUGGCGUCGAGGAUCCCCGCACCCUAACAGCAGCAGAGGACCUCGCGUCCCUAUUUCGCAUGCAGGGUCGAUACCAGGAGGCGAUUGAGCUGCAGGAACAAGUGCUCGCCAUCCGGGAAAGAGUUCUCUUCCCCGACCACGCAGACACACAGCGGGCGCUGAAUGAUCUUGCCUGCGCGUAUUCGGAGCAGGGAUUACUUGGUAAGGCUGAGGAUGCGUUUCUGAAGAACUUGGCUGUCCGCGAGAGGGUUUUCGGGGUAGAAGAUUCGGCGACAAUCAAUACUGUCAAUAACCUUGCUGUUGUGUAUGCCGAGCAGGGGAAGCUUGAUCAGGCAAAGGAGAUGUAUGAGCGCGCCCUGAAUGCAAGGACGAAGACGCUAUCCGAAGACCAUCCGCUUGUGUUGGAGAUCGUGGAUAAUAUUGGGGGCGUGUACUUUCGACAGAAUAACCUUGAAGAGUCCGAACGGAUGCGGCAGACUGCGCUUGCCGGGUUUGAGAAAGCCUUGGGACCGGAUCACUUUUCGACUGUUAUGGUGGUUAAUAACCUCGGCAGUGUCUACUCAGGUUUGGGGAGGCUUGAGGAGGCGGAGAAGAUGCUCAAGCGAGCGAUCGAUGGAUUCCUUAACGUCGUCGGCCAUGAUCAUCCUGCGACGAUGACGGCGCAUAAUAAUCUCGGCGAGGUUUAUUUUCGACAACACAAGCUCGCCGAGGCGCAGCGGUCCUAUAUGAGGGCUCUCGACGGGAGAGAAAAACAGUUGGGCGCGCAUCAUCUUUCGACACUGCAGACGUUGCACGACCUUGGAACCCUGUAUCGAGAGCAGGGAAAACCUUUUGAGAGUAGGAAUAUGCUUGAGCGGGCGUUCCAGGGUCGCGAGAAGGUUUUGGGACUAACUCACUCAACUACGCUGCAGACCGCCCGAGACUUGGGAUCUGCGUAUGAGACAACGGGACUUAUGGCGAAGGCUUUAAGCUUGUAUGAACGAGCUGCAACGGGGACGGAGAGGGUGCUGGGUGAAACACACAUCUGCAGCCUCGCCGCCCUGAGCGAUCUUGCCAUGUUUUAUCGGAGACAAGGAACACUAAAGGACGCCACCGCGACCUUGCGACGGGCCGUGGAGCGCCAUGAAGCAGGUCUCGGCCCGGAGCACCCUGCUACACUUCAAUGCCUGAGCAACUUUGGGGUUGUCCUCGGCAUUGGUCAGGACUACCAAGCUGCCGAGGCUCUAUACAAGCAGAGUCUAGAGAUCAAUAAGGGAAAACUAGAACAGCAAGACCCGUUUAUGCUUGAAAUCGCGAACAACUUCGGCCUGAUCCUCGAGCUUCAGGGGAAACUUCCGGAGGCAGAGAAAAUGUACAGGCGAGCGUUUGACGGGAGAAACGAAGCUCUGGGGCCGCAACAUCGGGAGACAAUCGAAACGAUGAAACACAUAGGACGUGUGCUGUUUGACAUGCGCAAGGCGCAAGACGCCGAGAUCCUGUACCGCGAAUUGGUAGACCGACAGAAAGAAGCGCUUGGGGCGAAUCAUUUGGAUACCCUGGCAAGCAUCAACAACGUCGGCCUGACACUAAAAGAUCAGAGAAAGUACACGGAGUCGGAGAACUUUCAUCGUGAGGCUGCUGAGGGAUACGAACGGCUAUACGGCGCAGAUCAUCCAGAAACUCUCCUCGGCGUUAACAAUCUUGCUCUGGUAUUACACCAGGCUGGAAAGCUUCCGGAGGCCGAGUCCCUGCAUCGACGCGUCGUUGAUGGGCGGAAGACAGCACUUGGGGCACAACACCCGGACACACUCGUCAGUCUUGUCAACCUAGGACUAGUGUUGGGCGAUCAAGAAAAGUACGCCGAGGAGGAGCAAGUUUACCGACAAGCAUUCGAGGGCCAGGAAAAGGUCUUGGGUGCUGAACAUCCGAAUACGUUGACGACCCUGCAUAAUCUUUGGACGAACUUGCUCGCGCAAGGGAAAAAUGACGAGGCGGAGGAAAUCAGUCGAAGAAUCGCGGAGAUAUCACAACAAUGACACUCAUAGAUGGUGAUAGCCCAGGAUUUAGCACGGUAUCUUGAAGGCUGCAUUAGCACGGGGAUGUUCAUCGUGAGAGGGGGACUUGUGACGAUCAGGGGUUCUUCCCUUCCGAAGGUCCCAACGCUCCUUCCCGAACACGAUCUAGUUCUGUUAUGGAAGGCGCAAACGGCCUUUGGGAAAGGCUUCACCAGGCUUCAAGUUCGACCCUCUCCAUCACCCGACUUCCUCCUUUCGGUAUCGAUGCAACGAUAGGUCAAUCAACCUCAUUUCUCCUGGAAUUGUCCGAAUCCUCCUACAGCAUUUCAGAAGCUAGUGGAUCGGCAGCCACGCGUUUCGAUUGAUUGGAAUGGAGAGCCUAGGGCAGUGUAAGGCCUGGAUCCCUGUCCCUCCUCCAUUGUGCUACCUUUAUCUGCAUCACGCCCAGAAAGGUGUUCGAGACCUAGCGAGUACUUUUUGAUUCCGGCAAGUCCGAGCCGCAAGCUCGACGAAAAAGAGAGCAUGGCCCCCUUAGCCUGCCAUCCAUUCCUACGUGCCCGCAGCCAUCCUGUGAUUGAAAUAGAACUGAUUCCAGGACCUGUUGCAGUGACUUGGAGCGUGCAAGGCAGACACAUCGUGUGUCAAGAGUCAAGGCUGAAUUACACCCAUUAGCCUUCUUACUGUCGAUGUCUCACAAGCAGCGCUGGGCGCGCCGCCUUCUGCUAUUUCAAGGGUCGCCUGUCCUUCCUCCUUCGCUGUUUGCUAGCACACCUCGAUUUACACACAACUCCCUUCGUACCCGCCUCCCAGAGCGAUGGCGGCUGGGCUUUCAUUACCCGCUGCCAAUCGGCCCGACUCUAAC